AUGGCCCGCAUCAAAUUAAAAAAACUCGAGGAAUAUCUCCAAGGUCUUGACGACUUUGAAUCUCCCAAAAUUCAAUUAGAGCAAUACAUCACGCCACCGCACAUCGCCAGCAACAUUUUGUACACAAUCCAGUCAAAUUUCGACGAUAUCGAGGGAAAAAUCGUCGCUGAUCUCGGUUGCGGCAGCGGAAUGCUCGCCAUCGGCGCUUUUAUUCUCGGAGCUGCUCACGUAGUUGGCUUCGAAAUCGACGACGGAGCAAUCGAUGUGCUGCGAACCAAUUUGGACGACAUGGAAAUUGAAAAUGUCGAUGUCGUGCAAUGCGAUGUUACGAAGCUCACGUGUGAAAGCAACAAAAUUUUCGACACAGUUCUGCUAAAUCCGCCAUUCGGGACGAAAAAUAAUGCUGGGAUGGACAUGAAAUUUCUGCUAGUCGCGAUUUCACUGACAAAUGGAGCGGUUUAUUCGUUGCACAAGUCGUCGACGCGGGAUUUUAUUAAGAAAAAGGCUGGGGAAUGGGGAUUGGAGUCGCAAGUUGUCGCGGAAUUACGUUAUGAUUUGCCGUCUUCGUAUAAAUUUCAUAAAAAAGAUUCGAAGGAUAUUGCUGUGGAUUUUUGGAGAUUUGAAGUUAAAAAAUGAAUAAAGUGACUGUUUUUUUCUGAAA